GUGCUCUUGAGAGACGUGGACUUCAUCCGGCCUCGACAUGAGCUGCAAACCUACAGCUUCCCGGUGGAGCGGCGAGAGCUGCCCGUGCUGCAAGACCCGGUGCAGGCCGAUGCUGUUGGCGUCGUUCAAAUGCAAGAGGAGUGGGGCACAC